AUGGCAUCUCAAAAUGAAGAGAAUCUUCCAACAUCAUCUGCUAAUGCUAUUUCCUUAGACGAUGAGAGUCAGAGGCCUGAUGAAGUUGUUGAAAUGGGAAAAAGGAGAUAUUCCCGAGCAUGGAAUCAUUUCGAGCCGGUGAAGUUUAAUGGUAUUCCAUAUGGUGUUUGUAAGUAUUGCAAUCGCCAAUAUAAUAAUGCUAGAAAUUAUGGUACAAAAUCUAUGUUAAAUCACAUACCUAAGUGUCCUAAUAGGCCAAGAGAUGUAGAAAAUGAGGGUGAUAUUGGGGGUGGUUAUUUUGGUCAAGAAGUUUCACGUAAACAACUUGCACAUGCCAUUAUUUUACACGAGUAUCCACUCUCUAUAGUUGAUCAUGUGGGAUUUAGGAACUUUAUUGCGAGUCUCCAGCCUAUGUUUAAGAUGGUUUCCAGAAAUACAAUCAAGAAUGACAUAAUGAGAAUUUUUGACAAUUUAAAAUCACAAACUUCUAAGUUGUUGGAGAAAGUCACGAGUAGAAUUGCAAUAACAACCGAUAUGUGGACUUCCAAUAGUAACAAAAAAGGGUUCAUGGCUAUUACUGGUCAUUUCAUUGAUGAUUCAUGGAGGCUUCAAAGUCAUAUUCUGAGAUUUGCUUAUAUCCCUGCUCCACAUGAUAAAGAUGCUUUGUGUGGUGCUUUGAUUAAUUGUUUGUUUGAUUGGAAUCUUGAACGAAAAAUAUCAACUAUCAUAGUUGAUAAUUCUAGCACAAACAAUGUUAUGAUUAAAACUUUAUUAGAUGAGAAACUUAAUAAAAAGGAUUUGUUGUUGACUGUUCGAGUAUUUCAUGUGCAUUGUGCUGCACAUAUUUUAAAUUUGAUUGUGCAAGAAGGGUUGAAGGUGAUAGUAGAUAGUAUUAGCAAAGUGCGUGAUAGUGUCUUGUAUUGGAUUGGAUCAGUUGGAAGAAUUGAGAGGUUUGAAGAAGCCGCAAAAUACAAAGAGGUGUUUAACAAGUUAUGUCUAACUGACACAAAUUAUCUGUCGUAUCCAACUGAAGAGCAAUGGAGUAAUGCAGAAGAUAUUUCUGAUAAGCUCAAACUUUUUUAG